GACGUACAUAGCCCCUGCAUUCCAUCGUCGAAGCGACACAGCGACAGAGAGUCCAAUUUUUGACGUGUGCAAAUCCAGAACUACAAACUUCCAUUUGCAGCCACCAAAAGGUUGACUCCAUUCCCAGAACUUCUCCCCGUUGUCAGAGUAUUCCCACCUCGACCAAACCCCCAUCUUACAAAUCGACGGUAUCUGGCAGCAGGCUUGGGCUUUGAAAUUGAAGAGAAAAGGCUAAAGAGGACCCAAUUGCCACCAGGUAGUCUAACUACGACUGUGUUAACUUCCAUCUCAUCCAUUUGCCAAAGUUCGCUGUUCCUGCGCGGUCCCUAUUGUUCCCAUCGAUUCAUACCAAUUCCUGGUUGCCCAUCCCACCUGUCCAACAUUUGGUUCGCUUGGUGAUUCCCAUUCGAUCAGCCCACACAGCUCGCAGUCAAACUCACGCAGGAUUGUGCCUCUCCACCCUCAGCAGCGCUACUGCUAGACACUUUGCGCUUCGUACAACAUAUUUGCUCGACAGUGAACGCGCGCAUCGCCAUGUCGACACGCCAACCUUCACGUGUGGUCUUCGUGGGAAACAUCCCUUAUGGCCUUACCGAAGAGCAGAUAACCGAAAUCUUUAGCGGCGCUGGACGGGUCCUCAACUUCCGCCUUGUCUAUGACCGUGAAACUGGAAGGCCAAAGGGUUUUGGGUUCGCAGAAUUUCCCGACUACGAUUCCGCUGCAUCGGCUGUACGAAACCUGAACGACCACGAGAUUAUGGGUCGCAAGCUGCGUGUCGAUUUCAGCAACGAGACUGUCAGCGACGAAGACGGUGGCAGAGAUCGUGAUGGCGGGUCGAAUCAGAACGCCUCCGGUAGCUACAACGCUCAACCUCCCAAUGGGGGAGGCUACAACACCGCUCCCCCCGUCAGCGCCGCCCCUCCUGCUCUCGGACCCUUGCCCCAGGGCAAAGACCUUCCCCCCGAUGUUACCUGCACCGACGCGAUCUCCCGCACCCUCAACACCCUUCCCCCGGCUCAACUUCUCGACAUCCUCCAGCAGAUGAAGACGCUGGCGACGAACGAUCCUGCUAGGGCCACGGAACUUCUCAACCAAGCGCCCCAGCUGAGCUACGCGAUAUUUCAAGCGCUCCUUAUCAUGGGCCUGGUCUCGCCGGACGCUAUCAACUCAGUUCUCGACAACCCGGCCGCUGCUGCUGCUCCUCCUAUGGGUACUCCCGUUGUCCCCAACCCUAUGGGCGGUGCUCCGUACGGAGCUUAUCCCGGCGCCAUAGCCACCCCCCCUGUUGCCCCUGGUCCUGUUGGAGGCUACGCAGCACCACCUGUCGCCGCGGCUCCUAUUCCAGCUCCGACUGCUGCUGCUGCUGCCCCAGGGCAGGAUGCAGAGGCGCUGAUGCGUGCCGUUAUGGAGUUGCCGCAGGAGACGAUUGACAAGCUGCAGGAAGCGGAGAGGCAGCAGAUUUUGGCGCUUCGCGCUCAGUUUUCUGCUCAGGGCCUACGCUAAUAUGACAGACGGAUGAUUCAACCAGUCAACUUUCCGUGAACAUGGGCAAAAAAUAUGUAUUGGGGCCUCAUGUUCCUGUUUUUCUGUCGUUAUGCAUUCUUUUCUAGGCUGGUCAGGCGUUAUGGUGGUGGCGGUCGGUUUCACACUCUAAAUGGGAGCAUUGCAAAGGUUCAAUAGAAAAGGGUAAAUAUCGGUGAAUUUAACAGCCACAGUCUGGAAGCUUAAACCGCUGAACAAAGUCAAAGUUUCGUAACGAUGUAUACUGACAUAGCUUUGAUCAGGUAGACGACACACAUCAUCAAAGGGAUGAAGACAGAGUUGUGGACUACAUGACUUUGCUUUCCGCUUUAUUCUUUUAGAAGCAUCUGUCUAUCCAAUCGCGAAAAUGACAGAUAUUCAAUCUCACUCCACAAAACGCCAUCACCACCCCACAACGCCUGUAUUUCGUUCUGUUUCUUUUGCCCAUCCUUAUUAACCAAAACGCUGUCAUGUAGACAUGUGCUCUCUCAGUACAUGAGAGGAUCUUGACCUUUUCGUCCAAAACAUAGUCGUUGAACCCGU